AUGCUAUGGCAGCGAGACGAAUGGAGCGGUCCCUCGCUCGCAGACUUGAAAGUCAUCUGCCUUAUCCCGAGACUACCAUCAGACCAGGAUGGAAUCACCACUCACGAGACUUUGAAGGCGUUGCCUUUGGCGUCGCUCGCAGUCCUCUCCCUUUCCAUCGACUCCCUUCUUUUGCAUUUCGAGCGCUGGGAUCAUGCCUCUUGGCUGUCUCUCCUCAUUGAUUGCAGCGCUGUCAAGCACCUCCAGCUGAUCACGUCCUCGAGCUUAGCGACCCACACGUCAUCAGGCAGCUAUAUCGAACUGCUCAUCGCGCUUUCUCUGGCAAAGGACGAUCGCGAGGUUCACCACCUUAUGCCGGACCUGCACACGCUCAGUCUCGUCGAUAUUGAUGCUGAGACAUGGUUAGAGACCAAGUACAGCGACCAGGACCAAGAGUCCCUGGUGGUAACUGUCUCUGUGGCUUUGCAUCUCGUUAUUGCCUCACGCAGAUGGGGAGAGGACGCCGUUCGUAUAGAUUAUACUGGCGCGGCAUGGCAGAGGCGUUACUUCAACGCUUUUCAGCCCCGUCUCGAGGCGGACUCCAUCCGACUCGCGUCGGAAGAGAAGUGGCUUGCGCGGUUGGACGACAAGGUGGCCGGUCCAACUGGGGAUAAUCAGGAAGGCGCAGGAGAGUUGAGGCUGCUUGGCAUAUUUCACUAG